AUGUCAGAUAUUGAAUCUAUUGGUGCUUCUGGGGGAUUCUUCGAAGAGCCUGAGGAUUUUCGUCCACCAGUUCCACAGGCACAUUCUUCAGAGUACAUAAGAACUGACAUAUCACCUGAGUCAGAUUCACAAUUGCCAAAGCUUCAAUUACGUUUGGUUGGCACGUCUCCAUUAUGGGGCCACCUGUUAUGGAAUGCCGGGAUAUACACUGCAAAACACUUGGAUCAGCACAUAGAGUUGGUGAAGGGGAAGACGGUUUUGGAAUUGGGAGCGGCAGGUGCACUACCGUCUAUUGUGGCAGCACUGAUAGGUGCCAAAAAGGUAGUCUCUACGGAUUAUCCGGAUGCAGAUCUUUUGAAUAACAUUCAAUAUAAUGUCAAGAGUAUUGUCUAUGACGCUGCCGCCAUUGACACUAAUAGAAUUGUGGUGGAAGGAUAUAUUUGGGGGCAUGAUUAUCUACCGCUGCAAAAACACAUUGGUGGUGAGGAUUCCAAGUUUGAUCUGAUCAUCCUCAGUGAUUUGGUUUUCAAUCACAGUGAGCACCAUAAACUGCUAAGGACAGUCAAGGACCUAUUGGCGUCCGAUGGAAAGGCAUUAGUGGUUUUUUCACCUCAUAGACCAAAAUUGUUGGGAGAGGAUUUGCAAUUUUUUGAAACCUGUAAGGAGUUUGAUCUGAGGCCGGAAUUUAUAGAAAUGGUAAAUUGGAGACCCAUGUUUGAUGAGGAUCAUGAAACCGUUGAAAUCAGAUCUCGUGUUUAUGCAUAUUAUUUAACUCAAAUGUAA